GGGAACCUCGCUUAAUAAUAUUACACAUAGAUAUUUUGGUAGAAAGGCAGAUAAAAAAAAGAAAUUUCUAUCGUUACAUUUACUUCAGUCUAUUCAAACCUCUACUGAAGGAUUUUCUUAGGAUUUGUCGCAAUGCACCUCACGCCUUGAGCUUUCAUUAUAAUUAGUUUAGGAUAAGAAAUACGUGCAUACUAGAAAGCUGUCAUAUCUUUUGACGUUGCUUGCGAAUAUCAAGGUGUCACUUAUUUCAAUAAUGUGAGUGCGUGAGCUAUCUAGAGAAGGAUCCUUAUGCUUAAAUAUAAAAGGUAUAGCCUUGGAAUAUCUGAAGAUAACAAACCCUGAGAAGAUGAAUUUAUCCAACCCUUGGUAUCAUGUCGUUGAAAUUAGGACAUCUGAACGUUCCCUGCAUGUUUUCUAGUAUUAUUCCAAAAGUAUGGAUUUGAAUUGCUAACCAGAAUGGCGAUCAUUAGGAUCUACAACAUAAAGAGGUCUUUUCUCGUAUAUGAAGUUAUUCUAUUUCUUUUAUCGACAUAUGGCCCAAAUCGGAUUAUAUAAACACACAUAUUCUUUAUAAAUUUGGAUACAAAAUGAAACAAUAAUUGGCCCGCAUCUUUCGAAUUGCAUACAGACGAAUAAUCGAUUUUCGACGCUAGUGAAGUUUUCUCAAUUAUUUAUUUUUUAAGAACUUCGGUGUUGAAAGACUAUUCAUGCCUAGGGACCUCUAUCAAGAAAUAUCGAUUGAUAUUUUAGUACGGGUGCUGUAUUCACCGUCACGUAACGCGCAUUUCACAUAUUCUAAUACAUAUAGAUGAACCAAUGUGUAAAUCUAUAUAAUAUUGCCCUUUUAAUACUUCAAUGUUCACAUUUUCAUGCAGUAGUCCAAGAAAGUGAAUCUCAGGCUCGGUGUGCCAAAGACAAGAAAAACGUUUCACUUGCUUUCUCUUUUCCCUUGUCACAACAUGCUUUCUUUGUGCGUGUCAGGUGACAAUAAGGUUAACUUUAUAAUUCGAUAAAUAAGUAAAUACUCAAUUUAACAAGAAUCGAAGGAGAGAAUAAUAAUGAGCGGUUUAAAAGAUGGAAGCAAUGAUAUUCAGUUCGUUACCGACACUGAUGUGGAUGCCGAAUUGGAAGAAAUGCGGCUCCAAGUAGAAAGCCUUCAGGAGGAUCUACAGCUUAAAGCCCUGCAGGACAACGCCGCCAGGGAAGAGGGCACACGCAAGACGACCAUCUCGACUGCGUCCGUCUCCGCUGGGGGGGGAGCAGGGAGGGGAAACCCAUCCGUUUUCGUCGCCGGAUUUGAUGCCCGAACGACGGAGGCGGACAUUCGCGUCUUUUUCGUCUCUUGCGGUACCGUGGUGCGUCUGACGUUGCUAAAGGACCGCCACACCGGACAGCCCAAGGGGACUGCCUACAUCGAAUUUGAGACCCAGGAGCAGGCGCAGGCAGCUAUCCUGAAAGACGGCCAGGCACUCCACGGGAAGCCUCUGAAAGUGGCCCCAAAACGUGAUAACGUACCUGCCUUCCAGCGCGGCAUGGGGAUCAGGGGGGGCAGAGGCGGCGGCCGCGGGGCGGCGGCCAUGACUGCCGUCGCGAUGCUAGCCUCGAUGAUGGGCAGUGGAAUGGGCUUUAGUCCGUACGGAGCCACCCGAGCUCGUGGCCGCGGCCGCGGCCGUGGAGCUCAUUAG